AUGUCUACCGAAACCAGCAGUACUUAUAUGAAUACAUCGACUACUGUGUCUUUAAAGACUGAAGUGGAUUCUAAAACUUGCACUUGUACUCCGCCUCCACCAACACAAACUGCGACUACGAAAAACUUGACUGAAAACUCAUCGAAGUCAACAUCAAAUAAUGAUAUAAUUACUACAACUACUACUGAUAUAAGUACAACCACUGCAACUGAUAUAACUACAACCACUGCUACUGAUAUAACUACAACCACUGCUACUGAUAUAACUACAACCGAUAUAACUACAACCACUGCUACUGAUAUAACUACAACCACUGCUACUGAUAUAACUACAACCACUGCUACUGAUAUAACUACAACUGAUAUAACUACAACCAGUGCUACUGAUAUAACAACAACCACUGCUACUGAUAUAACUACAACCACUGUUACUGAUAUAACUACAACCACUGCUACCACUGGUACUAUAGCUGAUACACCUACAGUAGUUGAAGUGCCGGUUACAACUACAGGAUCAUCUACAGGUAAUCCUCCUUCUGAUAAUAACAUUUCCAACUGCAUUAGUAGCAGAUAUUGCUACAUCAACAGAAGCUUGUACUCGAGAAGCUCGUGA